CAAAAAUGCUAAUUAGACACAUUUGGGGGUCAAAAAUCCUAAAAAAUAAAAGAAAGAAAAAGCUCCUCAAGUGGGAGUUUGGUUUUGGCGCCAUAACUCACUCUCUCACUCUCACUCCUAACGACGCUUCCGUAGAAAAAGCUCAGACCUUUGGACUCACCACCGGCCACCACCACCGCCACCAUGACCGAAUUCAUUUCUCUGAUGGACAUCGACGAUGAAAGCACCGGAGGCGGAGACACCUCUAAACCCGUUUCCACACCCAUCAUCAAUAACCCCAAAAACGUCGCCACCGCCAAAGCAGCGCCUUGGGUCGAGAAGUACCGACCUCAGUCCCUCGCCGACGUCGCCGCUCACCGCGACAUUGUUGACACCAUUGAUAGAUUGACCAAUGAGAAUAGAUUGCCGCAUCUUCUACUGUACGGACCUCCGGGCACAGGAAAAACUUCUACCAUUCUUGCUGUGGCUCGCAAGCUUUACGGGGCUCAGUUUCAUAACAUGAUUUUGGAGCUGAAUGCAUCUGAUGAUAGGGGAAUUGAUGUUGUGAGGCAACAGAUCCAAGAUUUUGCUAGCACUCAAAGCUUCUCCUUUGGUGCAAAGGCAUCGGUAAAAUUGGUAUUGCUGGAUGAGGCAGAUGCAAUGACAAAGGACGCUCAAUUCGCUUUGCGAAGAGUGAUUGAGAAAUACACAAAGAACACAAGGUUUGCUCUUAUCGGUAAUAAUGUCAACAAAAUUAUUCCUGCACUACAGUCACGAUGUACUCGUUUUAGAUUUGCUCCUCUUGAUUCUGUUCAUGUCACUGAACGACUCAAACAUGUAAUAAAGGCUGAAGGGCUUGAUGUAUCGGAGAAUGGCUUGGCAGCACUUGUACGGCUUAGCAAUGGUGACAUGAGAAAGGCUUUGAACAUCUUGCAGUCAACACAUAUGGCUUCACAGAAGAUAACAGAAGAAGAAGUAUACCUUUGCACUGGAAACCCAUUGCCCAAAGACAUUGAGAAAAUAUCUCAUGCUCUUCUAAAUGAAUCCUUUUCAAAGAGUUUCAAAGAAAUAUCUGAUAUGAAAGGAAGGAAAGGAUUGGCCUUAAUAGAUAUCGUACGAGAAGUAACUAUGUUUGUCUUCAAGAUAAAGAUGCCUGCUAAAGUUCGCGUUCAGUUGAUUAACGAUUUAGCAGAUAUAGAAUACAGAUUGACUUUUGGGUGCAACGACAAGUUGCAACUUGGAUCGCUUAUUGCUUCAUUCACGAAAGCUCGGUCUUCUCUAGUGGCGGCUGCAUAGUAAUAUUUCUGUGUCUAAUUUUGUCAACUUAAUUUCUAGGCACUGAUUCAAAAUGUGGUUAUUGUGUAAACAGAUGUUUUAUUUGGGAUACCCCACUUUGUCAAUUAAAGUUUUGGGUGAUGUGCUUUUGGAAUA